CCGCGCCGAUUCGCUUCACCCUCAGAAGAAACCAUUUUUUUUUUUGCAUUUUUCAUAAGCAUCAGAACGCACAUAAAUAUACUCGUCGGAGUAUAUGUAGCCGACUCCCUCGCUCCUGCCGGAGACGGCGGCGUUGCACUUUCCGAUUUCAAGCUCCCGUUGAUAAGGACUCUUCAAUAACUGUUGGAGAUUAAUCAGUUUUACAAAAACAUUCCAUAUAAAUUAUAUGGCGCCUGAUCCAAGGGUUGUAGAUGCCUUCAAUGCUAUGAAGAGCUUGGGCAUUCAUUCAUCAGUUGUUAAACCAGUACUCAGGAAGCUACUAAAUUUGUAUGGUCACAAAUGGGAACUCAUACAAGAGGAUAAUUAUCGCACGCUUGCAGAUGCAAUAUUUGAAGAUGCGGAGGAUAAGGUUUACCUGUUAGUUUUUUUAAUUUCUUUAUAAAUCCCUUGUCAAUUCUCCUUUCCAUGAGAGUGAGAGAGUGUGUGUGUGCUCUUUACUCUAGGACUAAAGGGAUAUGAUCUGAUGCUCCACAUUUUGAAUUGGUAGCCUCCAGACAAUGAAAAUCAUUCUAGAACAAUGGAUGUGGUGGGACCUUGUAAGAAACUGAAAUGUUUGGACAAUGGUGGGACCUUGGAUGAGGAUCAGGUUUUUUCAACGAUGGACAAUGGAAGUAUCCAUUCAAAUUUUGAAAUGUUUGGAUCAAAUCCAAAGAAUUCAUUGGUGGAUAGAGGAACAGAUCUUGUUUUCGUGGAUGAAUCUAAUCAAAUCCUGCCCAAUACUUGUCUUGCUCCAAAUAUAUCUCCAGUUGUUUCAAACACAUUGGAUAACAGUUCUACCAGACAGCCCAAACCUGCAAGACAUCAUGCAACCGAAUGCCGUACAACCAUCAACCAAGUAGGUUCACCAUCAUUUGAUUUCCGGACCAACUUGCAUAGUAUUUCUGAUAUAGUUUCGUCUUCCUGUGGAAGGGUUAAACUUUAUCUAAGAUGUGAUAGUUUCUCUGCACAACCCAACCACUUCAGUCCAAGUAUCAAUGACGUUCUAAAAUUGGUGGAGGACAAUUACACUACAUGUAAAAGUGAUGACUUCCAGUUAUCUAUAAGGAAGAUACUAAAAGAUGUAUGUGAAGGUUAUUUGGAACUGGCUAAUAAUCCUAUUGUGAGAUUUCUUGAGGAAAAAUCCACCAACAGUUGUCUUUCCGAUAGAGAAUCUCUAAGAGUGGACCAAUCUAAAAGACAAUCAAUGACAAAAGCUUCAAGCUCUAAUUCUUCAUCUUCACUCAGUUUAGUUGCACGACCUCAACCCAUGAGUCGUGGUAAGAAAAAAGAUUUCAAGAUCUAUGAUAUAACAAAUGGUAAUGAGGCAGUGCGUAUUUCUUUGCUGGACAGAAUUGGGAUAGGAGGAAGCCCUAAUUUUUUUUAUAUUAGGGAAAAUACAGUCUAUCAAAGUGCAUAUGUACAGUUUUCACUGGCUCGUAUAGCCGAUGAUGAUUGUUGUGGAAAGUGUGAAGGAGACUGCCUCUCACACUCGGUACCCUGUGCGUGUGCACGUGAAACUGGAGGAGAAUUCGCUUACACAUCAGAAGGGAUUCUCCGAGAAGAGUUUCUUCGAGAUUGUAUAUCAAUGUAUCAAGAACCUCAGAAGCAUUACAGUUUUUACUGUGAAGAUUGCCCAUUAGAGAGAGCUAAGAAUACUCGUAGGCCAGAAAAGUGCAAGGGCCACCUAGUAAGGAGGUUUAUCAAAGAAUGCUGGAGAAAAUGUUGCUGCGAUAUGAGUUGUGGAAACCGUGUUGUACAGAGAGGAAUAACACGAAGAUUGCAGGUGUUCUCUACGAGUGAUGGUAAGGGCUGGGGUGUUCGAACACUCGAGGAGUUGCCAAAAGGAGCAUUUGUGUGCGAGUAUAUUGGGGAGAUAUUAACCAACAUUGAGUUGUAUGAGCGUAAUCAAGAAAGAGGUAGGAAUCAAAGGCACACGUAUCCUGUCUUAUUAGAUGCUGAUUGGGGUUCAGAAGGAGUUCUCAAGGAUGAAGAUGCACUUUGUUUGGACGCAACAUACUAUGGAAAUGUUGGCCGAUUCAUAAACCACAGGUGCUUCGAUUCGAAUUUGAUUGAGAUACCAGUUCAGAUUGAGACUCCUGACCAUCACUACUAUCAUAUUGCAUUUUUCACAAAACGAAAAGUGAAUGCAUUAGAAGAGCUAACAUGGGAUUAUGGGAUUGAUUUCAAUGAUUUAGAUCAUCCCAUCAAAGCAUUCAAAUGUUGCUGUGGAAGUGCAGGUUGUAGGGAUCGAAAAGGAAAAGGAGUUGUUUCGAAAAACACGCAGUUCAAGGAAGCUGCAAGCAGGUCUUGAUGACAGAGCAGACGUAUCUGGUCUGAUUUUCGACACACAUAUCUGCCUUUGUUACUCCUGAAACUUCAUCUGGUCUGGUUUUGAUUCUAAUGUUAAAAAAGAUUUUUUUAAUCAAAUAGUUAGUUCUACUUAUCAGCAAAGGAGAAUGUUCAUGGGACCCAACCAUCACAAAGCUUUGGGGGCCUCCACCAAUUAGAAAAAGUUUCCAUCUGAAGAGUAAAUGUAAUACAUGCUUCAAUUCUUUUUUCCUCCUAUGUAGAUAAAAUCAUUUUUUAUGCUUUUCAAAAGAGAAAGGUUCAAGGGUAUAGGCCAGCCGUGAUGCUAUAACCGCCGGUUAAGUAAAUAAAAAAAAUAUCACACACUAACUGACUAACAUGCUCGGCCGCUCGGGCUUGUGAUCGAGGUCAUUUCUCAAGGGACUAUACAUGCCGGGCUAAUUAUUUGUUGUCAACUUUUUUGCUGUCAAUUUUUUGUAAAUAAGCUACGUCCUCCAAACACUCAAAAGUAUACAUGCAGGUUUGUGUUUUAUUAUAGUAGGCUUGGUUUUAAAUCAUAAGGGGCUUCAAUCUUUCACAUUGCGAAAGUCACAAAUAAUAGGCAAAUACAAUUAGGCAUCAACUUGAUGUUUGAAACCUGGCCUCUCAAAUUCAAUGGACGAUCCGCACCCAUUCAGUGGUCAUUCUAACAAAAAAUUUGAUGCAUUUUGAUACAUGUAAUUAAAUGAAGCUGAUGAGUUAAAUAUGAUUACUAAAUACAUAUAUCACGAUUACGAAUAGCAUGUUCAUAUCUGAUACGAUUGGUUUUACUAAAUAAACAAGAAACCAAACACAUACUUAAGUUAGUCAUCAAAAUUCAAAAUAUAUCAGUUUCAUUGCAACAUAAUGACCUUAUCAACUUGGUAAAAUAAUCGACUACAAUUUGUUAUCACUAAAUCAUGUGAAAUACAAGUUAUUAAGUAUAAUUAUUUUAAAUGUACUCUAAAACAAAAAUACUUUUUGUACACACUAUUUUGGUGUACACACUUUUAUACAUGUCUGUUUUUUGUUUAAUUUUUUUUUCUAAUUUGGUUUAGUAGACUUUAUAAACGUGAACAAAUGUCUACUUAUUCAUUUGACUAUUGGUCAACGCAAUGUUUAUUCGUACAUUUAUAAUAGCUCCCUAAAGAAAACGAGCACUUGAGAUUUUAAAUCAAAAUGGGAUCAGCCAUGUAUGUAUUUUUGCCGCAUUAAUUUUCAUUCCCAUUCCAGAAUCAGCGGCUAUUCCAAAUCUAUAAUUUCCUUAAAUAAUACGGAGUAAAUAAUUACCCUCCGAUUUAGUCUGUAAUACUGUAAUCAUCGGUUAUGGAGUUAAAGUACAUACUACAUACAUAACAUUCAAACAUUUUCUUGCCCUCUUGCUGUAGCAUUUAUUUACAAACAAAUGGGAUUGUGAGUAAAAGAAUGGAUGAAGGGGAAGAAAGGAAGGAGAUCACGAGUUUGAGUUACAAUGAUAUUGGAGAUGAAAGGCUGAAGCUGAUUGAUAUAUCUUCAGAGGAUGAUUUCCUCAUCGCAUCUCCUUUAUUUGAAUCUCUUGAAGAUCUUAGACUUUCUGUGACGUGGGAUAAACUUGGAGACAACGAAUGCUUCAAAUUUGGAAACUCUUCUUCCAAUCAUGGUGCUACACAAUGCAACUUUCCGCCUCAGUCUGGAAGACCCAGUUACUUGCGUAGGAGUUUGGCUUGGGAUAACGCCUUCUUUACCAGUUCUGGAGUUUUAGAUCCUGAUGAACUAUCACUCAUAAACAAAGGUGCCAAUUUCCAGCCACCUUCCCAACAAGAUGCACAUAUAAGAACUGAUAAUACAUCUGUUAAAACCAUCGGCAAAAUGACCCGAGCGGUUUCAAAAAGAGACCAUGCAGCAAAUAAUCAAAGACCAUCAGAAGAGAAAUUUAAAAUCAAGCAGCCUAAAGUACCAACAACUGCAAAGAAAUUUGCUUUUGGGAGUUUAUGCAGUAUUUCAUCUCGUUUCUCCUCCUCAUCAUCAUUAACUCCAACUGUUUCUUCAUCUGUUUGUGUUUCUUCCUUCGCAAAGAAAGAGUCAACCUCUCAUGUUGACAUGUUAUUCAAACGUUCUUCCUCCACAAAAGCCUCUUCCACCCUUUUCAAAGACAGGCUAGGAUCAGGAAAAAAUAUAUCAUCAAUAUCAUCAACAUCCAACCUUAAUAGUCAGAUUAGUUUGGACAGUGCAGAUUCUCCUCACCAAGUUACUGACACUGAUCUAAAUGUCACACCAAGAAGAUCUGACAUGAUCAGUUCUUCUCAAGAAGCUACUGAUAAGAAGAUGAACUCGAAACCUUCUCGUCUUCGUCUUCCAUCUCCUAAGAUCGGGUUUUUUGAAGAGGUGGUGUUACCAAAAGCAAAAGGACUUUUGAAGUUUCAGAUAGGAAAGGGAAGCAAAUCUUCCGUAGACCGAACUCCAGGCGGGAAUAAUGGGAAACAUCAGAAGCCCAAAGUUUCUUCUUCUUUAUCAACUCAGCCCAGAAGUGCUCCAUCUUUGAGGAGGCUAAACAGUACUUCUAUGUUACCCUCUCAAAGAUCAGUAGAGAUUGACAGGGAGAAAAUUUGCAAGUGGAGAAAAGUUGGAUUUGGGGAGCACGAGAGGAGAAGCGGGACAGGGAUGGAACCCACAAGUAUGAUCAAGAGAGAUGAGAGGAGACUGAAAGGGAAGUUGAGCCAUGAGAGUGGGAGAAGAUGCCAGAGAGGAGGAGACCAAGUAAGUAUGGAGGAGGGAGUGAAUGACUUAAGCAGGAGGUUUGAGACGAUUGAUUUGUGGGACGAUUUGAAGACGAUAAGGGCGGGUGAAGGAGGAGGAGGAGGAAACAAGGAAUGUCGGCCUUCUCGCUGUAUAUCUAGAAGCAGAACCCCACUUGCUGAGAAAACAAGAACCAGUCUCUGCAUUAAUCAUAAUGCAGGAAAUCCACCAGUUUUCACUUCUUAUUCUCAACAAUGCUUCAACACUGACAAAGAGAACAUUUGAUUGCUAUAUAUUUGCAAUAUUGCUUUUAUUUCUUUGGUUUGCUUGCUGAUAUACCUUGAGUAUUUAAUUACUUUUAAAAGGGGUUUCACAUUCUUUUGGUUUAAUUUAGAAAAGAUGUUCUUCAACUGGUCAUUCAUGAUGUGUUUUCUAGUUUUCUUGA